AGACUGUACAGUCAUAGAGAAAAGUGGUGUCCUGCUUUUUCGAAGGAUUACUUCUCUGGUGGUAUUCUAUCCUCACAAAGAAGUGAAUCUACAAAUAGAUCGAUAUCUAGAAGACUUACAAAGACUGCAACAUUAUGUGAUUUUUACAAAAUGUUUUGUGAUGUUGUUGAUGAGUGGAGGUUAGAGGAGAAUGGUCAUGAUUUUAGAUGUUCCGAAGGCACUGUUGAGAUGGUAUUGCUACAAGACAGUUUGUUGUCUCAUGCAAGAGAUGUGUAUACCCUUGAGAUUUUCAAAGUGUUCCAAGAACAAUAUUUGAAGGGUAUGUCUCAUUUUUUUUAAAUUAAUCUCUCAGAAUGGCGAUGAUUAUGUGUAUAAUCUUUGGUUGGAAGGGGUAGAUUUGAUUAGACACAGUGUUACUUUUAAUCAAAAUGCCAAUACAGCGACCUGCACUUGUAAGAUGUUUUCUGAAGUUGGCAUUUUUUGUAGACACAUUUUGCGUAUCUAUAAUGUCUAUUGUGUCAAAUGUAUUCCCCAAGUUUAUAUACUCUCUAGAUGGACAAAGGCUGCCAUUCUGCCAAAUGUUAAUCUUUCUCUUACGCACGGAACCGAUAAUAUGUUUGGCAAAAUAUUGGAAGAUUCUGUUUGGAGGGUGCAAAUGACUAGGAAAUUCAACUCAGUAUUGGGUGUAAGUGCUGGUUUUCCUGAAGCUAGGCGAGUAUGUGAGCAAGGAUAUGAUUCUAUUAAACAAUUUUUAGAUAUACAAAGAAAUUCUUCUGUUUUGGAUGAAUCUGCUUCAAGAACAAUAUUGGAUCCUCCACGCUCUCGUCCUAAAGGUCAACGAAAUACCCGAAAGAGAAGUAUUGUUGAGAAACAGUGCAAAAUAGUCAAAGCUCGUCGUUCCAAAUCCCAAAAUGUUGCCUCCAAUUCAAAAGCAGUUGCACAAUCUGUUGUACAGGACACGGUUAAUUUCAUGGUUCCACAAGGUUAUGUACUUGCUCAUCCAGUUGGAGGAAUGACAUCUUUACUGCAUGUGCCUAGAUCUCCACCAGUUUUUGCUCCAUACUUCAUGCAAUCAAAUGCUGUGAACCAGAUGCAGAAUUAGUUAUAGUUAUACAUGUUUAUCAAACCAACUGCUUUGAGGAGUUUGCAUAUCUUAUUGUGGGUUAUUACUAUUGUUGCAACCUGAGUUAUAUUUGAUUUUAUGGAAUUUAUAUUGUCUUUACAGACUUUGUAAUGAAGUUUGUUUGCUCAAUUACUG